AGUUUACCUUCCCAUUGUUUGUUACUUAGCUUUUUGUGCGGGAUAAAACCACAAGAAGAUGUGUCUGAGAUCUUCAGUAUCAUUCCCAGACACACGCACACCUACGAUGAGGUUAGCUUCGUGCUACAACAAACGUAAAUCAAAGACGCAAACCCGUCUUCGUGUCCUUAACCUCACCAGGAGGAGAAGAAUAAUGAGGGCAGAGAAGAAGAUGGAGAUGAGAAACAUGAAGCUCUUCCUAGAGAAUCAAAGCAUCAUACUAGAGAAUGAGGCUUUAAAGAAGAAAGCUCUUCUUCUCCACCAAGAAAACAAUGCUCUCUUUUCUCAGCUUCAUCAGUAACUCCCCUGUUUCUUUACUAAGUUUGUUCUCGUCCUCUCUACUAAAAUAAAAAAACAAAGGCUCCGGACCCAAGUUCGAGCCUAGAUUCACCUAUGUACUAAGUAUUGAUAUAUAUAUCAAUGAUCAUCAUGCCCUUUUAGUAUAACAGCGCCAAACACUCAGAUACAAAACACAAUCAUCCACAUAGAAGAGAUAGUAAGUAAAAAAAACAACCAGAUUCAUCAUAAAUGCAACAGACAAGAGCAACUAUAUGAUCCAUCUCUAAGUUUUCUCAUCAGCCAAAGAGAACCAAUCUCCAAGGAAGACAUAUCUAAUACCUGCCGAUUAAAAUGAAGUCAUCAUCAUCAAGUACCUGAACAUCCCUCUCUCCUACAAAAUGCUCCCUUCCAAUCUCCUUCACAAGUUUAACGAACUCAACCCUUUUGGACACAGGCAACGGCACAUAAGGUAACCUAAACACCGGCCUAGCAACUCCUAGCUGAGCCAAAGCUGUGUUAACACCAAUAGGAUUCGGUUCUUGGAACAGCCAAUCAAUUAAAGGCAGGAGCUUCGAGUUCAAAGCCGAGUCUCUACCUUCAAACAUGAGUUUCCUCACCAAACCAGGAACCAAGUUGCUAACAACCGAUAUAACACCAGUCGCCCCGUGAUCCCACCUAGAAUCAUGACACUGAUCAUCAUUCCCACUCCACACAACAAUACCCUUCUCAGUAUACUCUUCAACUCGGUCAUUACCCACACACUCCUUAACAC